GGCCAAGUCUGCAGGAAAACGAGUCAUUCGUACUGCCUCGCUCAGUGAAGGCUCAGUGAGUAAACCCUGGCCAGUGUUGCGAGUUGAGGCGUAGACUUUCAAUCAGCGAGUUUGUUUUUUUCUAGUGAUUUUUUGAAGACUACACUAUGGCCGAUCAGGAUGAUUUAGCUACUGCUAUUUUGAAGGAGAAGAAGAAGCCCAACCGCCUUAUCGUAGAAGAUGCAGUCAAUGAUGACAAUUCUGUCGUUGCUUUGUCACAAGCAAAGAUGGAUGAGCUGCAGUUAUUCAGGGGUGACACUGUCUUACUGAAGGGAAAGAAAAGGAAACAAACUGUGUGCAUUGUUCUGUCAGAUGAGACUAUGUCCGAUGACAAGAUUCGUAUGAACCGUGUUGUAAGAAAUAAUCUACGCAUUAGGCUGGGAGAUAUUGUUGCAAUUCAACAGUGUCCAGAUGUCAAGUAUGGCAAACGCAUUCACGUACUACCUGUUGAUGAUACAGUUGAGGGUCUAACAGGCAACAUAUUUGAAGUUUUCUUGAAGCCAUACUUCUUAGAGGCUUAUCGCCCCAUUCACAAGGGAGAUUUGUUCUUGGUCCGUGGUGGUAUGAGAGCAGUUGAGUUUAAGGUUGUAGAGACAGACCCAGCCCCUUACUGCAUUGUAUCCCAGGACACAGUCAUAUAUUGUGAAGGUGAACCUGUGAAACGCGAGGAGGAAGAAGAACAACUAAAUGAGGUGGGUUAUGAUGACAUUGGAGGUUGCAGAAAGCAGUUAGCACAAAUCAAAGAAAUGGUCGAGCUUCCACUCCGUCAUCCUUCCCUAUUCAAAGCUAUUGGUGUCAAACCACCAAGAGGUAUUCUCUUGUAUGGACCUCCAGGUACAGGAAAAACAUUAAUUGCAAGGGCCGUUGCUAAUGAGACAGGAGCAUUCUUCUUCCUAAUAAAUGGACCAGAAAUAAUGUCCAAAUUGGCAGGUGAAUCCGAAAGCAAUCUUCGAAAGGCAUUUGAAGAAGCUGAGAAGAAUUCUCCUGCCAUCAUCUUCAUCGAUGAAUUGGAUGCUAUUGCUCCUAAGAGAGAGAAGACUCAUGGUGAGGUGGAGAGGCGUAUUGUGUCACAGUUACUGACACUCAUGGAUGGUUUAAAACAGCGAGCCCAUGUCAUUGUCAUAGCUGCUACGAACAGACCUAAUUCCAUUGACCCUGCCCUCAGGCGAUUUGGACGUUUUGACAGAGAGGUUGAUAUUGGCAUUCCCGACACUACAGGCCGCCUUGAAGUUCUACGAAUCCACACAAAGAAUAUGAAGUUGUCUGAUGAUGUGGAUUUGGAACAGAUUGCAGCAGAAACUCAUGGUCAUGUUGGGGCUGAUUUAGCUGCUUUGUGCUCGGAAGCUGCACUCCAACAGAUCCGUGAGAAAAUGGAUCUCAUUGAUCUUGAUGAUGACCAGAUUGAUGCAGAGGUAUUGAAUUCCUUGGCAGUUACCAUGGAGAACUUCAGAUUUGCUAUGGGUAAGAGCUCACCAUCUGCCUUGCGUGAAACUGUGGUGGAAGUUCCCAACAUUACCUGGGGUGAUAUUGGUGGUUUGGACAAUGUCAAGAGAGAGUUACAGGAGUUGGUGCAGUACCCUGUGGAGCAUCCCGAGAAGUUCCUGAAGUUUGGUAUGACCCCCAGCAAAGGUGUACUGUUUUAUGGUCCCCCUGGAUGUGGUAAAACACUGUUAGCCAAGGCCAUUGCAAAUGAAUGUCAAGCCAAUUUCAUAUCGAUAAAGGGACCAGAACUUCUGACUAUGUGGUUUGGUGAAUCAGAAGCCAAUGUGAGGGAUGUAUUCGAUAAGGCAAGAGCAGCUGCCCCCUGUGUUUUGUUCUUUGAUGAGUUGGACAGUAUUGCAAAGGCUCGAGGAGGAUCUCUGGGUGAUGCAGGCGGUGCUGCAGAUCGUGUCAUCAAUCAGGUCCUAACUGAAAUGGAUGGUAUGGGAGCAAAGAAGAAUGUUUUCAUCAUUGGAGCCACAAAUCGACCAGACAUCAUUGACCCUGCAAUUUUACGUCCUGGUCGUCUUGACCAGUUGAUUUACAUCCCUCUCCCUGAUGAAAAGUCUCGAGUACAGAUUUUAAAAGCUUGUUUAAGAAAGUCUCCAGUUUCCAAGCGUGUCGAUUUGAACUAUCUUGCCAAGGUUUCUCAUGGAUUCUCGGGCGCUGAUCUAACAGAAAUUUGUCAACGAGCUUGUAAAUUAGCUAUUCGCCAGGCUAUUGAGGCAGACAUAAAGAGGGAAAGAGAAAGAGAAUCCGGCGAUAAUAUGGAUAUGGAGGAAGAAGAUCCAGUUCCAGAGAUUACCAGGGACCACUUUGAAGAAGCCAUGAAAUUUGCCAGGCGUUCAGUAUCGGAUAAUGACAUCCGCAAAUAUGAGAUGUUCUCACAAACACUUCAGCAGAGCAGAGGCUUUGGCUCAAACUUCAGGUUCCCUGAUCAGCAAGGCCGAGGAGGUGGAAGUGGUGAAGGUGGUAACUUCGGAGCGGAUGGUGACGAUGAUGAUCUUUAUUCUUAGGCACUAGUGGGUUUGGGGGAAUGAAAACAGAUAUAUAUAUGUAUAUUUAAUUUUGAAAGUGAUGUUGAUUAAGGCACUUCCCUCUAAAAACAAGGGCCUGCCUUUUUCCAUGCACUGUAAAGUAGGGUUUUCCCUCUCAGAAAUGGGCUUGCAUUAUUUUUUUUUAAUUUAAUUUCCAUGCACUUCAUUUACAGUGUGUUAGUCGUGAGAGCACAUUUUGGACUGUCACCGUGAAAUGAAUGGAAGCUUGAUAGCUGAAUAUUACACUUUUAUCGUAGAUCAUAAUAAUGUAUGAAUUUAAGUGAGAAAGAGAGAGAGAGAGGAAAGUUCAAUUGGGAGGGUUUUGUUUUGUAAGGUUACGUCUAAUCUUAGUUUUUUAUAUGUUAGUUUCUAUGAAGAAAUUUUGUUAAUUUAUUGCAAAAUUUUUUUUGAUAAAGAAGAACAUGGAUUAUGUUAAGAAACUUGUGUUAAGAAAUUCGUUGCAGAAGUACAUGUGGUGUGUAAAUGCUAUCCCAUGUGUAAAUGUGGAAAAAUGUAACUUUUCUUACACAAUAAAUAAAUUGCUCUG